AUGUUGCCGCCCCGCUCCCUCCCUCUGUCUGUUCUCUCGCUCCUCCUGGUUGUUGCCGAGGCGGGCCUGUGCGUUGCUGUGACGACCCAGCUGCAUGGUGGUUUCCGUGGCUGCGCGGUGCGGGAUUUUUCCUUCGUGGCCCAGAAGCCGGGAUGCAGGAGCAUCCGCAUCGACACCGAGGCCUGCUGGGGCCGCUGCCAUACCUGGGAGAAACCCCUCCCAGAGCCCCCCUACAUCCAGCGGCAUCACCGUGUUUGUUCCUAUGGUCGUACCCGCUACCUGACGGCCCGUCUACCAGGCUGCCAGCCCCACGUCUCCCCACUCUACCCCUACCCCCUCGCCCUGCAGUGCCACUGCACCGUCUGUUCCACACAGGAUACGGAGUGUGAGACGUUCUGA